AUGACAACGGUGUUCGACCGACUGCGCCGUGUGGUGUACCUGUUGGUACUUCUGCAAUGUUGUGUGUGUACGGCCGAACCAACCCCAGCGUGCCCACAACAGGAAAGAGGGUAUCUCAGUCAAGCUAAAAAAGGCAUGGAAAUCGCGUGGAGAAUGCAAGGGAAGGCGGUGGAAGAAGGAAAGGAUUUAUUAAACGUAUGGAGGGAGGCCGUUGAGGCGUGUGAAAAGAAUUACGAGGCCAUUGGAGUUGCCGUGAAUAAGACCAUUGACAUUUUAGAGGGUGUCAGAAGAAAAGAUUCAAAUGAGGAGGUAGCUGGGGUAAAGAAGUUGAAGUGCGACAGCAAAGAGGUUCGGGAGUACAGGGACGGUUACAUUCAGAUGAUGGAAAAGUUUAAUGCGGCAAUGCCGCAUACGCAAGGACUGGCGGGAAAGGUGAACGCAACACGACUCUCGAGUACGACGUAUUAUGAUAACCUUGUUGAUAUGCAGAAGGAGAUCAACAAGUACUUCAAUUGGUACAAUGAUACAAUUCAUGAAGAGGGGAACAAAGGUUGUUUGACAAAAGAAGAAACGAAGCUGGAAUAUGAAUACGUCUUGGCAAACCAUACUGAAGUGGAAACCAUCAGGAAGGGUCUCUUUGACCUACGGGGCAAGUCCCACGUUUGCGCACUGAAUAGCGAGUUGGAUAUAAGCGCUCGUAUAACCGAAAUGUUUGACGAGAUCAAGAGGCUGUGCGCCCAUACCGUCACCGUAGAAAGGGUCAAUGCAACGCAAAAGCCCAAGAAAGAGGAAGUGACGGAAGAAUACCCAAACGGGGAGGCUAAGAGGUGGAAGAAAAAACGCCUUAAGGAAGAUGCUCGCAGGGAUUUUAAGCAGAGGAUGGAGGCAGAGAGACCUCGACGGCUUGCCGCGGAAGAGGAGGCGAAGAGGCUAAGGGAAGAAGCGAAAAGGGCAGAAGCGAGAAGGAGGGCUGAGGAGGAGAGGAGAAGGAUUGAAGAAGAGAAUACGAGAAGGGCCAGGGAAGAGGAGGAGGCGAGAAGGAAAAAAGACGAAGAAGAGAAGGCGAAACAGGCAGCGGUACAAAAGGCCGAGGAAGAGGCGAAACGAGUUGCUGCAGAAAAGGCGAAACAGGCAGCGGCACAAAAAGCCGAGGAAGAGGCGAGACGAGUUGCUGCAGAAAAGGCCAAGAAGAAGAAAGAUGGUAGCAGCAGUCCUGCACUGGUGCACAGUCCCUCAUUGUUUCUUCUUGUGCUCUCUGUAUUGGGUUGCACUCUCGUGUACUAA